CAACAUCAUAUCAAAUACUAAUUUUUCCAAUUUGAACUCGAUCGUUAUUUCCAUGGCUCUUAAGUUUAUUAAGUUGUUUUCCCUCAUCUUCCUUGUUUUCCUAUUUUCUUCCACUAUUAGCCAUGCCAAGAGAAAUAACCCAAGUGACAAAACUCCAUCACCUUUUGAUUUCAUCAAACAAUUAAAAGGUUGUCACAAGGGUAACAACACAAAAGGCAUCCACCUACUCAAAGCCUAUCUCAAAGAAUUCGGAUAUCUCGAAUAUCUCAAUCAAACUCAAGCCGAUGGUGAUGAUUUUGACGAUAUCCUAGAAUCAGCCGUCAAAACCUACCAAGAAAAUUACCAUAUCAAACCCACGGGAACCCUAGAUGCUACAACAAUAUCAAAAAUGACAACCCCGCGUUGCGGGGUGCCUGAUAUCGUCAACGGCACUAACUACAUGCAACCUCGAAACAGAAACCAUGAGUCUGGCUCGAGCGGCGUCCACGUGGUGUCCCACUACAGUUUCUUUGAAGGAGAGCCUAAAUGGCCGCCUUCCAAAACCCAUUUGACCUACAGGUUCUUAUCCAAUUUUCCCACGGAUGCCAUCGCCCCCGUGGUACGUGCCUUUCAGAAGUGGGGUUCUUCCACACGCUUCUCCUUCGCACGUGUCCAAACCAAUCAAAAUGCGGAUUUGGUUAUAGGGUUCCACCGAGGCGACCAUGGCGAUGGAUUCCCUUUUGAUGGCCGUGGCGGAACCCUAGCUCAUGCAUUUGCACCAACUAAUGGAAGGUUCCAUUAUGAUGCCGACGAGCAGUGGUCCAUUGGGCCGGUCACGGGUGCUUUCGACUUGGAAACCGUCGCUCUUCACGAAAUCGGGCACCUUUUAGGGCUCGGGCAUAGCUCAGUUGAGGCAGCGAUCAUGUAUUCCGGGAUCGGAGCCGGAGAGAUAAAGAAUUUGCAUGCAGACGAUAUUCAAGGAAUUAGGGCUUUAUACAAUCGCUAAAACCAAAACUAAACUAUAAGGAUUCAUGUGUUGAUUUUGUUAUUGAUUAAUUAGCUACAUAAGAAAAUAAGUUUCCCGGUGUUGGGAUCAUGAUACUGACAAAUUAAGGUUUCACAUUUA